ACACCUCAACAUAAGCUCUGUCAAGCUGCACCGUCAAGCAAACAUUCUUUACCACACUCUUUUAAGACUAACACUUGAGAGCAAGUUUGUGUCAAGAUGUCCAACAUCGCCCAUGUGCUGGCCAAGAGGAAGGACAAAGAGGAAGGACUGGGAGGCAAUGACAAUGCCAUUCCUUUCAAUAACCAGGAUUUUCAGAAGCUGCGACGUGAGUGCUUGGAGAGUGGCAAACUUUUCUGCGACCCCACCUUCCCUGCUGAAUUCCGCUCUUUAGGAUACAACCAGCUAAGCCGAUAUUCCUCCAAGACCAUAGGAGUGGAAUGGAAAAGGCCAUCGGAGGUUUGCCCAGACCCUAAGUUCAUUUGUGAUGGUGCUACAAGGACUGACAUCUGCCAGGGAACUCUAGGUGACUGUUGGCUCCUGGCAGCCAUCGCCUCUUUGACUCUGGACACUCAGAUUCUAGGACGGGUUGUUCCUGCUGACCAGAGUUUCACUGAACAGUAUGCUGGCAUCUUUCAUUUCCAGCUUUGGCAGUAUGGUGAGUGGGUGGAUGUUGUCAUUGAUGACCGGCUGCCCACAAGAAAUGGGGAGCUCCUGUUUGUUCACUCAGCCAAAGGGAAUGAGUUCUGGAGUGCCCUGCUGGAGAAGGCUUAUGCUAAGGUGAACAGCUCUUAUGAAGCUCUUUCUGGAGGCUCCACCACUGAGGGCUUUGAGGAUUUUACUGGUGGAAUUUCCGAGAGUUAUGAACUGCUAAAAGCUCCCCCGACUCUGUUCAAAAUCAUCAGGAAGGCACUGGAUCGUGGAUCUCUGCUUGGCUCCUCCAUAGAUAUCAGCAGUGCAGCUGAGACAGAAGCAAUAACCAGACAGAAGCUGGUGAAGGGACAUGCCUACUCUGUCACGGGAGCAGAAGUGGUUCAUGUGCAUGGCAGCCCAGUUCAGCUGGUGCGUCUGAGGAAUCCAUGGGGUCAAGUGGAAUGGACCGGGGCUUGGAGUGAUGGAUCUAAAGAGUGGGACCGAGUGCUGCCAGAAGAGAAGGCCAAACUCAAUUACUCAGCAGAAGAUGGAGAGUUCUGGAUGGCUUAUUCAGAUUUUGUGAAGCAGUACUCCAAGUUGGAAAUAUGUAACUUAACGCCUGAUACACUGAUGAGCAAAGGGGUUGCCCGCUGGAGCUAUCAUCAAUUUGAGGGAACUUGGAAGGUUGGCUGUACUGCUGGUGGCUGCAGAAACAACUCAGCAACCUUUUGCUCAAACCCCCAGUACAUGAUAAAGCUGGAUGAGACCGAUGAUGACCCCCACGACGGAAUAGAUGGCUGCUCGUUUUUGGUUGGCCUGAUGCAGAAAGACAUGCGCCAAGAGAGGCAAUUUGGACGAGACCUCAACACAAUUGGCUUUGCUAUCUACAAGGUUCCUGAUGAGUAUCAAGGUCGCAAUAACAUUCACCUCGGCCCAAACGUCUUGCUGCGUCAGAGAGCUGUGGCCAUGAGUGACACCUUCAUAAACCUGCGUGAGGUGUGCUGCCGUUUCAAACUGCCACCCGGUGAAUAUGUCAUUAUUCCAUCUACGUUCGAGCCACACCGCAAGGGUUCCUUUAUACUUCGUGUUUUUGCUGAGAAACACGCCAAUGCCAGCCCAAUGGAGACGGACAUCAGUGCUAAUAUUAAAGAGGAUAAGAUCUCUGAGAAAGAUGUGGACCCACAUUUCCAACACCUCUUUAAGCAAGUUGCUGGAAAUGAUUCUGAAAUUUCAGCGUUAGAGCUGCAGAACAUUCUGGACAGAGUUGUAUCUCAGCGAACUGACCUGAAAACUGAUGGCUUCUCAAUGGAGACCUGCCGUCAUAUUGUCAGCCUACUGGAUAGAGAUGGCAGUGGGAAACUCGGGCUGGUGGAGUUUCACAUAGUCUGGAUGAAGCUACAGAAAUAUAUGGAGAUCUUCAAGAUCCAUGACACAGACAACUCGGGCACCAUGAGCUCCCAUGAGAUCAGAGAAGCUCUCAGCGACGCAGGCUUCCAGCUGAACACACCCAUCCUGGAGGUGAUUGUUAUGCACUACGCUGAUAAGCAAAGCGCCAUCGACUUUGAUGCCUUCGUAGGCUGCAUAAUCCGUCUGGAGCUGCUUUUCCAUAUAUUCAAAAAGUUCGACAAGAACAAUACUGGGAAGAUUGAGCUGGAUCUUCUGCAGUGGCUGUGCUUGGCCCUAAGCUGAAUUCCCACAGACCCGUGUUCUGCGGUGUACUGCGGAGCCGACAACACCACGUUGAUUUGUUCCACACUGAUUGUGUUCUUUACAAAAAUGGUGAAAAUCGUUCACUGUAGUUUGAGUUUACAUAUUUCUUUCUCGAUGGAUGCUAAUUGAACCCUAUAUCCCAAUCCUAGGCUGAUCUUUUGGUGCUUUCUAAUGGUUAAUACACUAUUUGUCUUGCAAAAACAACAAAAAACAAACAAAAAAAACCCCGACAACAACAAAACCCAAAAACAGAAUCUGGAAACAAUUUACAAAUCUUCACUAGAUUUCUUACCUUAGUGGUGUACUAACUGUACUCUUUUCUAACAUUAAUAAAUUAACACUAAUCAUUAACUCAACCCAGAGCCUCGUCUAAUGCCUCUCAACCACAUCCUGCUUCAUGAAUGGGUUAAUUAUUUUCUAUCAUUUGAUAUUAAAGAUAUAUAUCAUGAUAAGCAUGUGUUUCAUUGGUACACAAUGUGUUAUUAAAGAUUAUGCAUUUUCAACAUCAUUCAGGGAGCAUUUAAGAUAAGGUUGAGAAUAAAGUUGCAUAGUCAUUGUCUAAAGUAGGGCAAUAUGACUAUGCAAUACUGCACUAUUGUCGUUGAAUGUUACAUCUGAAACACACACACACACACACACACACACACACCCCAGGUGAAAUCUGGUCCAAAUGAAAACAGUGAACUUGGUGAUCUUGGGAUCCACUCCUGGGACCAACUUCAUAUUUCAGAGUUCUUAAUAGUGUGGAAAAGCAUGUUGCAGUCAACAGAUUAAAGAAAGCACUGUUAAAUAACCCACCCAAGUGGCUAUUAAAUAACUGAAACAAAACACACUUACGAACAACGACAGGAUUUGUAUUCCCACCUUACACACAGUGUUCCCAUGACAAUAAUUCCAAUUUGCCUACCAUUAAAGUUCAAUGAAAUUUUUUUAAUUUUUUUGACAUUUGUUCAUUUUGGUUUCUCUGGCAUCAUUUAUAAAUUAAAAAUCCAAUAGAAAGUU